GCAAAGGUCCGCCAAGGCCGGCUGCGCGCGGGAGGGAGGGGUCGGCGGCGGCGGCGGCGGCGGCGGCAGAAGUGGCGUCGGGAGCGCGACCGCCCCCUCCCCCGGCUUCGGCGAGCCCAGCCCCAUGACCCGGCGCGGAGGCUGCCCGAGGGCCGGCAGGGUGGGCGCUGCUGCUGCUGCUGCUGCAUGGCCCCGGCGCUGGAUAUGACUUCUGUGCAGAGCGGCGGCCGCGGCCAGGAGGCCCCCGCGCCGCCCUUCGGCAACUCGGGCCCGGCGGCGGCGGCGGCGGGGGGGCCCAUGGGCGCCGAGGAGGGCGGCGCCGAGAAGGCCAAGGCGGCGCCGGCCCUGCUGCCCUUCAGCGUGGAGGCGCUCAUGGCCGACCACAGGAAGCGCGACGACGGCCUGGCCUGCGCCACCGACCCGGCCGGCCGCUCUGGCCCCCCGGGGACCCUCAGCCCCCGCCUGGGGGGCUCCUCCGCCGCCCCCGCGCCCGAGAGGCCGGCCUCCCCGCGGGCCCUGGCCAGCCACUUCGCCGUCGGGGGACUGGUCAAGCUCCCCGAAGAGGCGCUGGUCAAAGCCGAGAGCCCGGAGAAGGCCGACCGGACGCCCUGGAUGCAGAACCCCCGCUUCUCGCCGCCUCCCCCAAGAGGCGCCGCGGCCAGCCCGCCGGCCUGCACGCUGCGCAAGCACAAGACGAACCGCAAGCCCCGGACGCCCUUCACGACGGCGCAGCUGCUGGCCCUGGAGAGGAAGUUCCGGCAGAAGCAGUACCUGAGCAUCGCCGAGCGCGCCGAGUUCUCGUCCUCGCUCAGCCUGACCGAGACGCAGGUCAAGAUCUGGUUCCAGAACCGGCGCGCCAAGGCCAAGCGCCUGCAGGAGGCCGAGCUGGAGAAGCUCAAGCUGGCCGCCAAGCCCCUCCUGCCGCCCGCCGCCGCCGCCUUCGGCCUCUCCUUCCCGCUGGCCGCCCCCGUCGCCGCCGGAGCCUCCCUGUACGCCUCGUCGGGGCCCUUCCCGCGCGCCGGCCUGCCCGUCGCCCCCGUCGGACUCUACGCCGCCCACGUGGGCUACAGCAUGUACCACCUCUCCUAGAGCGCCCCCCGCCCCCCGCCCUCCACGGCAGGAAGCCGGGACCCCAGCCCUCCCCCCCUGGCCCAGCAGGUGCCCCGUCCUGACGGGUCCUGCCCGCGCAUUCCUGCCUCCUCUUCCUCGCCCCACCCCGAGGAAGCGGCGCGGCCUCCUGUGUAAUAUACUGUACAGCCGAAAGUUUAUUAUCGUUUAUAUUAAUAGCUAUAUUUGAUAAAUAAAUUAAUUUUAAAUGACUUUGA